AAGUCAGGCUAUGUUCUGAUUCAACAGACACACUGCGUCAGGUAAAGUUCACCCCAAAAUGACGCUUACAGCCAGUACGGACACCUCUUUCAUCAUCUUCUCAAGAGCUUUGAAGUAAACAAACACCAUAUGUACAGCUCUCCCCCUCCCACCUCUAUUGAAAUUUGACCUCCUCCAUGUUGCCCACACCUACCUGGGCUUGGCAGUAAAUUGCACAAGCCUGUCUGACACUUGUGACUUCAUUAAUCUGCAUAUUAACAGAAUAUUUAACUAAUCACAGUUGACAUAUUGCUUAUUACCAAUGCAACAUGAAUUUAGCACUGUGACGUCUGUUGUCAGCACAAGUUGUUGAUGCAGGCUAAUUUGACGGAACAUGUCAUGACAAAUGCUGGUUUAGCCAGUUUGCAUAGACUGACUCAUGUUGGCGGGUUCACUCAACAAAAACCGGAAACAGAGUACACUGGUCUACACACGCUAAGAGACAGACAGAGUAAGAUUUAUCACCACACUAAAAAAAUGGACUGGCUUACAUUAAAAGAGGACACUUACAGGAAGAAACACUGGAAUAUGCAAAGGCAGAUACUUUGACCUACUGCUGACAAACUGAGUUACCACUCAAAGUGAAAGUAAGUUUGUGCAGAGGAAGGAAAGGAGCCACAGCUGUCUGACUGUGUUUUAUGUGUGGGUGUUUACAGCUCACAAAGAGAGAAAAUGGCUCACCAAUCAGAAAAAGAUCUCUCCUGUUCUAUUUGCCUUGACAUUUUUAAAGAACCUGUCGUUCUGUCGUGUAGCCACAGCUUCUGUAAAGACUGUCUGAAGAACUGGUGGAGAACGAAGCAAACACGCAAGUGUCCAAUUUGUGAGCAAAUAUCUUCACAGAGUGAACCACCUGUUAGUUUGGUACUGAAGAACCUGUGUGAGGCAUUUUUACUGGAGAGAAAUCAGAGAGAUUCAGGUACUAUCUGCAGUCUGCACUCAGAGAAGCUCAAACUUUUUUGUCUGGACCAUCAGCAGCCAGUGUGUGUUGUUUGUCAAGAAUCCAAAAUGCACAACAACCACAGAUUCAGACCCAUCGAUGAAGCUGCACAGGAUCACAAAGAGGGGCUGCAGAAAUCCCUGAAGACCUUACAGGAGAAACUGAAGCUGUUUGAACAAGUUAAAGGAAACUGUGACCAAACAGCAGAACACAUUAAGGUUCAGACCCGACACACAGUGAGGCUGAUUAAGGAGCAGUUUAAGAAGCUUCACCAGUUUCUACAAGAGGAAGAGGAGGCCAGGAUCUCUGCUCUGAGGGAGGAAGAGAGGCAGAAGAGUCAGAUGAUAAAGGAGAAGACUGAGGCUCUGAACAGAGAGAUAGCAGCUCUUUCAGACACGGUCAGAGCCACAGAGGAGGAGCUGAGAGCUGAAGACGUCUCAUUCCUGCAGAACUACAAGGCUGCAGUGGAAACAGUCCAGCAGCGCCCCCUGCUGGAUGAUCCACAGCUGGUCUCAGGAGCUCUGAUAGAUGAGGCCAAACAUCUGGGUAACCUGACCUUCAACAUCUGGAACAAGGUGAAGGACAUGGUCUCCUACACUCCUGUGAUUCUGGAUCCAAACACUGCUCAUCCAGAACUCAUCCUGUCUGAAGAUCUGACCAGUGUGAGAUGUGGAGAGAAACAGCAGCUUCCUGACAAUCCAGAGAGGUUUGAUUCCCUUCACUCUAUUCUGGGCUCUGAAGGUUUUAACUCGGGAACUCACAGCUGGGAUGUUGAGGUUGGAGACAAUACUCACUGGAGAGUGGGUGUGGCAGCAGAUUCUCUCAAAAGAAAGGGAAAUAAAAACUCUGAAUUCUGGAGAAUAGGGUUCUAUAAAGGUGAAUACUCAGUACGCUCACUACCAGGAUUAUCCAUCAUUCUCCUUUUGGAGAAAAAGCCACAGAGGAUUAGAGUUCAUCUGGACUGGAACAAAGGAAAAGUGUCAUUCUUUGAUCCUGAUACUGACACACACCUACACACCUUCACACACACUUUCUCAGAUCGGCUGUUUCCAUACAUUAACACUUGGAAUGAUGUGCCACUAAAGAUAAUAUCAGUCCCAUCUCCGUAACAAUCUAACAGGUUUGCCAUCAAUAUAAGUGGCUAAUUUAAAGAUGAUUCUGAUGACUACAUAGAGUACAUGAUUAUACUGAUCUAUAUUAUCUACAUUAUCCAUCUAGGCAUAUAGAAAAACAAUACAUACAUACAUAAUCUGUAAUAUGACAUGACAAAAGAUCAAAUCUUGUGAUCUCUGAAAGUCAGAGAUUACUUAAGGUUUGCUAUUAAAAUUAUCCAAUUGGUUUAUGAAAUAAUAUUAUGGCUUUAAUAGUCUGACUCACAAAUGGCUCUGUAACUAUUUAAGAAAUUUGAAGUAAUAAGUCACACUGAUAUUUACUGCCAAAAACAAAAGUAAUUCUAACUAUUGGCUUUUCAUUAGAAAUACUUUGAGGUGAGGUGUCAUGUACAAGAUUUCUUGUUGUUGAUGUAUGAAAAUGUUUCUGAAAUUAUACUCAUGGCUGGCUUGGCCCAGUGUAAACAGUGUUCAUAUUCAUAGUCUGUCACAUUUACUGUGGUUGUAAAAACUGGAAAGUUUGGACAUUACGUUACUUUGGCUGUAUUGUACAUUAUCUUCAUCUACACUAA